GGCGUGGUCACAAUACGGCCCGUGCUGGCUGGCCGGUGGCUCACUGUCAGUUCUGCGCCGGUUGUCGGAUGGUGCACGAUAAAGAAGUACUUCAUCUGAGAUUAUAUUACUUUAUUAUGUUAAUUGUGCGAAAACAUACACACUCUAUGGUUAGCAAGACCUUAUGAACGUUUUCCAUCGAAAACCGGAAGGAAAUGUACAGUAUUUGCGAUGCCGCGGAUAUCUCCAGACAGAUGACACCAAAGAGAUGAUGUAAUUUACCGGUAACACUAAUUUGUCACAUUUAAACUCACACAUUAAGCUAAGUGUUUUAUUUUUUGCUAACAUCUUAUUAAAUUCUGGUCGAUACUCAUUGUACAAUAAUGCGAAAGGCGUUUUUGAGACAUGCGCGUCGGUUUCCGUGGGUGACCAACGUUACACUGUAUGGUUGUCUGUUCGCUGGAGGGGACUUCGUUCACCAGUGGUUUUCGCGGAGGGAGAAAAUAAACUGGAGCCAGACACGGAACGUCGCCAUGAUUGCGUUCAGUUUCCAUGGUAACUUCAAUUUCUUCUGGAUGCGGUUCCUGGAGCGGAGGUUUCCCGGGAAAUCCCCCGGGAUGGUGGUGAGAAAGCUUGUUCUGGACCAGACUGUAGCGGCGCCCCUGGCUACCAGCGUUUUCUACACAGGUGUCAGCCUCUUGGAGGGCAAGGAGGACAUCACGCAAGACUGGAGAGAAAAAUUCCUGAAUACAUACAAAACCGGGCUAAUGUUCUGGCCAUUCAUGCAGUGUCUGAACUUUGCCUUGGUGCCUCUGUAUGUGCGGACCACCUUCACUGGCUGCUGUGCCUUCAUCUGGGCCACCUUCCUUUGCUUCUCACGUCAGAGCGGCGACGGCACUGCCGGUGCUGCUCUGGCGUGGAUGUUCCCUUCUAAAGAGGACGAAGCAGAAUCUGCAAAGCAGGGAGCCGACACUAAGGACAAGACAGAUGCUCCCAAAGAGGCAACAGUAGCAUCUAAACCUGCUCAGAACUGAGGUGUGUAGAAACAGUCGUUGUCAUGGAGGGGGACAAGACGUCAACAGAAACAGAAGACAGCUGGUCCUGUGGUCAGCAGGGCUGUCUGUGGCCGAUGUUGCGCCGGCGUCUGAGUUCAAAGUCUCAUCACAACUAAGCUAAAAAUGUGCGUCAUGGUGACGUUGUCAGGUGCUUUUUUGAAACAGUUUCCAUUAUUUAAUAUUCAUACAGCACGUCACCACAGUGGGAAAAUAUCAUUGAGUCAUACUUUUCUGUUCCGCAGUGAACUGUCGCCAUGCUACAUGUCACAUCAGGUUUUGUUUUUUUUGGGGUUUUUUUUCUAAAGUUUAAAACAAUUGAUUCAACUGGACCAUGCCUAACGAUACGGGGAAGCUGGUGUGAUGAGGAAGUGUAAGGUUGAUGUUUUACUGUCCUCAGCUGUACAUCCAAAUGAAAACCUGGAAUGUGUGUUCGAAGAAUCAUUUCCACAGUGUGGAGCGGCAGCUAGCACAUUAGCUCCGGCUUUUUACUUGAUGAAAUGGAGCAAAUUACUAUACUUGCACAUUGUCACUCUGUCAUUAGCACAAGCGCAUGGACCAGCGUAUGGACCAUUAUUUGCAACUGCAACGAUCCGAUCUCUAAGGAGUAACAACCCGGAGAUAUGGCAUAAUUUCACAAACAGUAUAUUGUUUAAAGCACCAAAACACAUAUCUCAAAGUACAAUUUUGAGUUCCAUGUUUUCCAUUAUCCCUUUACAUAUCUAUCAAGGUAAUGAUAUACUACUGAAGUUUUAUCUAGUAAUGAUUAAUGGUGCUUGUCUCAAGCAUCAGUGUACUUGAAUGUGGAAAUGUUGCCUGCCUGUGGUUGUAACUUAUGUUAACGUGAUUCUGUGGAGUGCUCUCUGUUGUCUCUCUUUGCACCAGGUCCUAAUUUCUUAAUACAUUUGGGGUUUUUUUUAUUUGACCUCUUAGUGCAGACAUUUAUAGGUUUCCUUGCCUGCAGUGAUUCUUGAAAUGUUUCAUCAGACCUCUCUGCCAAGCACUUUUCUGGGGAGGGGGAGUUCUGCUCUGGACACAAGCUUACUGUUAUUUCUGAAUUUAUUCUGUGUUAGUAUGAUUCAGAUCUUAUUGAAGGCAGCAACAUCCACAGAGUGAACAUAUUCCUUGAAGGCGGUGAAUUUAAAAGGAAUUAGGGCAAACUUCUCUCUUCUAUUUCACACAGAUAAUUAAAAAAAAAAAGAACUUUUCGCACACAUAUGCACAUGUGGUGUCACCAAGAGAUGUGGUGUCUAUUUUUGUUUUUCUCAUAUGAUUUAUAUAGGAGGCUGAAUUGUACUUUGCAAUUAUGAAUUCUAAAGUAGUGUUUGAUCAGAAAUUGUGUGAUUAUAUCAUUUGAUCUGUUACGUAACUAAAUUAAUAUUAUGGAUCACAGUAACACUACAGUGUCUGGAUUGGGCUACAGAAGAACAAUGUAACCCUGACAGCUCUGUUUCCUUUUAUCAGACUAAGUAACAACAUAAUAUCAAUGUAGUGUUAGAGCAUUUGUUUCUGACUAUUAUUUAUAUGUGCUAUGCUGGAACUGAGAGGUGAAAUCGAUUACUAAUUCAGUUGAAGGUCGGUUUGCUACUUUAACACAGUCUGAAAUUUCUCAAUUAUCGUUUUGACUGGUUUCGAUAUCACUAUUGAUCAGUGCUGUUGACUAUAAUGUGUCGAAACAAUGAUUUUGCACACAGGUUGUACUAACUGGUGGAGAUAAAUAAUAUUUAUUGUUGAAUAAAGUAAAAACAUCCCUUUGA